CCUCAGACCGGCACCUCGCCACAGCUCUGAGUUCCGCUUCACCGGUCACCACUCGCUAGAAGCUGCUCUGGUUUUCUCCAAGAAAAAAGAAAAAGAGGGGAGGUGCUCUGCUUCCUUCGAUGGCGACCUUGACGGAGGAGGUUGCUGCUGCGGCGGUGGUCGGAGCCGGCGAAAAGGCGGAGGCGGUUGCUACGCCGGAGAAGGUUGAUGAGGUGAAGGAGGCGGGUGCGGGCGGGGAGGAGAUGGAGGUCGCCGGCGGGGAGGCGAAGAAGGCGGAGGAGGAGCAAGGGGAGCAGGGCAAGGAGACGGAGAAGAAGCCGAGGAGCAGGAAGCCCCGGUCGGCGGGGCCGCACCACCCGCCCUACUUCGAGAUGAUCAAGGAGGCGAUCAUGGCGGCGGGCGACGGCAAGGCGGGGGCGAGCGCGUACGCGAUCGCGAAGCGCGUCGGGGAGCGGCACGGCGAGGCGCUCCCGGGCAACUACCGCAAGGUGCUGGGCGCGCAGCUCCGGGGCUUCGCCGCCAAGGGCCGGCUCGUCCGGGUCAAGGCCUCCUUCCGCCUCGCCCCGGCCGAGGAGAAGAAGGCGGCGCCCAAGUCCAAGAAGAGGACGGCCACCACCAAGAAGGCCGCGUCGAAGAAGGCGGCGCCGGCGCCGGCGCGCCAGAAGAGGGCGAAGAAGGCGGGACCGCCGACGGCGAAGCCGAAGCCGAAGCAGCCAAAGUCGAUCCGCGGCAGGAAGGCCAACAAGGCCAGCGCCUGAUGCGGCGGCCGCCGGCGACGCCGUGUCCCCUGUACAUAUCUCGGUAGUGGACAUAUCUCGGUAGUGGACAGUAGUGUCCCCUGGCACGUUCGAUCCGUGUGUGCGUGCGUUGCCGGCAAUAAUGGCGCCGUGACUGUGUUCCGGUGUCGAUCCGAGGAAGGAGAAGACGGUGGAUGUGGCUGUGAGACUGAUGCUUGUACCACUCGUCUCUGUGUUGUGAUCCUGCUCUGCUCCUCCCCUCUGCGGUUUCUGGCUUCGAUUUGUAUCGCUGACUUAGGUAGAUGGUGCACUUUGGGAGA